UGGAAGCGGAGAGAAACGCUCUGUGUCUGCCAUAAAUACAGCGCAACGUGGAGGAAGACAGGAAAGGGGUUGGCGUUGAUCGGUUUUUCGUCAUCCCCCCUAGUUAAAGUCCGUAUUUACCCAUUUAUAAUUUAUGCCCUCGCUCCUCCUCAGAGCCUAAACCCCCAAUUCGACACAUUCAUACAUUCAAACUUAUAAACAUAUAUACACAGAUUGUCAAUUUAGAGAAGAAGAAGAAGAAGAAGAAGAAGAAGCAAAGGGUUUCUUGGGACUUCUUCAUUUUUCCCAGAAAUACUUGCACCGACACUGGUCUGGUUCUGCUGCUAAUGCAAAGAAGAAGUUAAAGCAAACCCUAAUUGAAUAUUUCAGGUUUUUUUUUAUUCUUUGGAUUAAAUAAAAAGUACCGGAGAUUAAAAGCGAGUGAGGAGGCAGAAUGUAUGGAGAUUGCCAGGUGAUGUCCUCCGCCAUGGGAGGGGACUUGGUGUCUUCGGAAGCCCUGUUUUCCUCUCCGCUCCGAAACCCUAACUUCAACUUCAUGCCCAACAUGUCUUUCCCACCUCCUUUUACUCCCAUCAUCCCCAAAGAGGAAGGAGGAGGAGGAGGAGUGACGAUGAUGAGAUCGGGAAAGGAUGAUAUGGAACAAAGUGGGUCAGGGAGCGAGCAUAUAGAAGGCUUAUCAGGGAACGAACUAGACAUGAGUGAGCAGCAGCAGCAAGAUCAGCAGCCCAAGAAGAAACGCUAUCACAGGCACACCGCUCGCCAAAUCCAAGAGAUGGAAGCUUUAUUUAAGGAAUGCCCACACCCGGAUGAUAAGCAGCGAAUGAAGUUAAGCCAAGAUCUCGGCCUCAAACCUCGCCAAGUCAAGUUCUGGUUCCAAAACCGCCGAACCCAGAUGAAGGCACAGCAAGAUAGAGCAGACAAUUUGGUGCUAAGAGCAGAAAAUGAGAACCUAAAGAGUGAGAAUUAUCGGCUGCAAGCGGCAUUGCGCAAUAUUAUAUGCCCUAACUGUGGAGGGCCGGCACUGCUAGGAGAAAUAUCUUUUGAAGAACAGCAGCUUCGCCUUGAAAAUGCCCGCCUCAAAGAAGAGUUGGAACGUGUGUGCUGUCUCACUUCAAGAUAUACCGGCCGGCCCAUGCCAGCAAUAGGACCACCAGCUCCUCCUUUCCUCCCUCCUUCAUUGGAGCUGGACAUGAAUAUCUACUCGAGGCAUUUCCAGGAGCCCAUGCCCAAUUGCGCCGACUUGAUUCCAAUUCUGCCGCUAAUGCCGGAAAACUCCCAAUUCUCCGAGGCUGCAUUGGUGGUGUUGGAAGAGGAAAAAUCGCUUGCGCUGCAGCUUGCGGCAUCGUCCUUGGAUCAACUCGUGAAAAUGUGCCAAGCGGGCGAGCCCCUUUGGAUCCAAAGCAACGAAAAUGGGAAGGAAGUCCUAAAUAUCGGCGAGCACGUGAAAAUGUUUCCGUGGCCUUUGAAUCUCAAGCAGGAGACAAGUGAGUUCAGGACCGAAGCCACUCGACACAGCGCUGUAGUCAUAAUGAAUAGCAUCACCCUAGUUGAUGCCUUCAUAGAUGCUAAUAAAUGGAUGGAGCUGUUUCCUUCCAUAGUUUCUAGGGCAAAAACUGAGCAGGUUAUUUCCUCUGGCGUUUCUGGUCAUGCUAGUGGUUCUCUCCACCUGAUGUAUGCAGAAUUGCAAGUUCAGUCACCAUUGGUGCCCACCCGGGAGGCGCAUUUUCUGCGUUACUGCCAACAAAAUGUGGAAGAGGGAACUUGGGCAAUUGUUGAUUUCCCUAUUGAUAGCUUCCAUGACAAUGCUCAACCUUCCUUUCCUAGAUACCGAAGACGGCCCUCUGGCUGCAUUAUUCAAGACAUGCCCAAUGGAUAUUCUAGGGUAACAUGGGUAGAACAUGCAGAAGUAGAGGAGAAACCAGUUCAUCAGAUAUUCAACCACUUGGUGAAUAGUGGGAUGGCAUUUGGAGCACACCGUUGGCUAGCGGUCCUCCAACGUCAGUGCGAGAGGAUUGCCAGCCUUAUGGCUAGAAACAUUUCUGACCUUGGAGUAAUACCAACUCCGGAAGCACGGAAGAACUUGAUGAAAUUGGCACAGAGAAUGACAAGGACAUUCUGCACAAACAUUAGCAGUUCCGAUGGACAAUCAUGGACAGCCCUUUCCGACUGCGCGGACGACACAGUUAGAAUAACCACAAGAAAGAUCACAGAGGCAGGCCAACCCAAUGGGGUCAUCCUUUGUGCUGUUUCCACUACUUGGCUGCCAUACCCUCACUACCAAGUAUUCGAUCUCUUGCGGGAUGAACGCCGCAGAACUCAGUUGGAUGUGCUGUCCAGUGGGAAUUCCUUGCAUGAGGUGGCUCACAUUGCAAAUGGUUCUCAUCCUGGGAACUGCAUUUCUCUUCUUCGGAUUAAUGUAGCGAGCAACUCAUCCCAAAACGUGGAGUUUAUGCUGCAAGAGAGCUGCACCGAUGACUCCGGCAGCCUCGUCGCCUUCACCAGCAUCGACGUCGACGCCAUCCAGCUUGCCAUGAGCGGCGACGACCCCUCCUCCAUUCCCCUCCUCCCCGUCGGCUUCGUCAUCGUUCCGAUGGCCCCCAGCUCCAGCCCCGCCACCGCUGACCGCCCAACACAUCCCUCCGUCGACGGACCACCCAGCUCCUGCGGCUGCCUCCUCACCGUGGGUCUCCAGGUUCUGGCCAGCACCAUCCCCACCGCAAAGCUCAACCUCUCCACCGUCACCGCCGUCAACAACCACCUCUGCAACACGGUAAACCAGAUCAGCGCCGCCCUCAGCGCCGGGGGUUCCUGCGCCGAUAAUGGCUCUUGCACGGAGCCACCACCCAAGCAGUAGUCACCAACCGAAUUACCCAAAAUGUUCUCCCUCUCUCUCUCCAGCCCUUCCGUGGUAUCGUGGAAAUAAUUCCUUUUGCCUCGGAGCAUGGGCAUUUUGGUCUUGAAGUUUGGACGUGCGCCCUGGUCUAAAUUACCAAGAGGGGCAGAGGGAUAGCUUUUUCUCUUUCUUUUUUGGGGGGUCAGUUUUGGAAGGAGGGGAGAUAGGAAAGGGAGAGGGGUUUUGGGUAAUUCAGGAAAGUAGUGGGGGGUAAUUCUGUCAAAAAUUAGUAGGUGUGGUUCCCGUUCUGACAACUAAGGGUAAAUAAAGGAAGCAGUAGAGAGAUGAGGUUGGUUAGGGAGAAGAUAGGUAGACAGCGUAAUGAAUGUGAACUUGUGAAGGGAGGGGGGGUAAAAAGGUAAAAGAACCGGGGGGUAAAAAGGUAAAACGAGAGGAGGAGUCAAGAGCGCACCAGAUGGGACCCUUGGGCUCACCAGCCAGCAAGGGUCAUGGUUCGGGAAUUGACUUCCCCUUCUUUUCCCCCCUUACCUUUUUAUUUUUAUUGUUUGUUUGUUUGUUUGUUUUGAAAAUACUCUUUUGAUUAAUUAAUUUGCUUUCUUUUUU